UCUUUUUAAAAAAAACCCUUUUGUUCUAACUACAGAAGAUUCAAAAAGAUGUCGAGUGCUUUAGAAAUGUCGCUGGAUGAUCUCAUCAAGCGCAACCGUAAGUCUGGAUCCGGGAACUCCCGUGGCCGGGGUCGUGGAACCGGACCUGGACCCUCCCGCCGCUUUCCUAACCGAGGAGCAAACCGCUCUGCACCGUAUACCCCAGCUAAGGCUCCGGACACGACGUGGCAACACGAUAUGUUUUCAGAUAAUGGAGCGGCGUUCCAAGGGCAAGUGGGUCGAACUUCUGCAAUAGAAACAGGAACGAAGCUCUACAUCUCUAAUUUAGAUUAUGGUAUUUCAAACGACGACAUCAAGGAGUUAUUUUCUGAAGUUGGUGGCCUGAAACGAUUUUCGGUCCACUAUGAUAGGAGUGGGAGAUCGAAGGGAACAGCAGAAGUUGUAUUCGCACGGAAAGCAGAUGCUUUGGCUGCAGUAAAGAGGUACAACAACGUUCAACUUGAUGGGAAGCCAAUGAAAAUUGAGAUUGUUGGAACAAACAUUUCUACCCCUCCUGCACCUUCAGUGACUAAUGGAGUCUUCCGAAUUUCUAAUGGAGCCCCUAAAGGUGGCCAAGGCAGGGGUGGAGGAUUUGGUAGGCAACGUGGUGGUGCUGGAAGAGGCCGUGGUCGGGGAAAGGGCCGUGGAGAAAAGGUUUCUGCAGAAGAUCUUGACGCUGAUCUAGAGAAGUAUCAUUCUGAAUCGAUGCAGACAAAUUGAAGCAUUUCUAAUGUUAUAUUGGUUGGUUUUAAGUCUUUCUACUGUAGACUUUAUAUGCUUGAUCGCAACUAUUUGUGUAUCUCUACCAAAAUCACUCUUUAACGGAACUAGUCAUGGAGAGAACUAUUAGUGUCUUGAUUUGUGGAGUUUGGGCUUUUACUGUUGCUUGUUUCUUGACUCGAGUAUAAAGUAUUUGGGUUUGAGGAAAGCUAGCAUUUCAUAAUCUUCAAUUAUGAUUUUGGUUCCAUUGCAACCGACUAACCCCAGAAGCCGAGAAAGACUGCAGGAAGUUUUUCUCUGUGUUUUCAUUAUGCAAAGGAAGCUUUGACUGCAUGCUAUGGUAGUAAUCUUGCCGUCGGCUAGAUCUGCAUUGCCUGCUGAUUGCUCCUGCUUUGUGAUGCAAAGAGACUGCAAUCAAGGUAGAUAUCUUUUUGUUCUU